CCCUCCAGUUGUACUUAAAUAGGCAACCUUCAUUACGAACUGACAUUGAACAACAAAUCAACAACUCCUCAAAUAGAGACCAUAGUGUCAAGUGUAGAAGGCAUGUCGGCCAAUGUUACUGUGAUGUCUUCUACUUCAGAGAUGACAGGGGAAGAGGAUAUCCCAAUGCUUGUAGAGGGGUUGGAAUAUGCAGUGAACCGAGAAGUACCUAAUCUAGAGUCAAUAGCAAACACACCACGUGUGCCAGUCACCAUUCUAACUGGUUAUCUUGGUGCUGGGAAAACGACUCUCCUGAAUUACAUUCUUACACAACAGCAUAACAAAAGAAUAGCUGUUAUAUUGAAUGAAUUUGGUGAAGAAGGGUUGACACUUGGAGCUUUCUUUGCCCCCAUGAUUGCUUAUUUAGCAGUUGCACUUGAAUAAAAGAGCACAAAAUGCAACAAACACAAAAGCAGAAUGAGUCAUGAGAGAACACGGGAUGCUUUGCUUGAGGCUGAGUACAGGCCUAG